CCUCUCCCUUUCUCUCUCUUCCCAGUUCGUCGCUCUCUCUCUUCCCCGUCCUCCCCUCUCCGCCGAUUCGUGAACCAAAAUUUCUCCAUCUUUUGCCCCCCUUCCGAUCGGAUUCUCCCGCAGCGGUCCGACCCGGCAUCGCCGCCAAACGACCUCCCAUUGCAUCGCGCGGCGCGCCGUCUCGUGUCGUGUGGCUCCGGCGACGCCGGCGCCAAUGCCCGGCGCGAGCAGCGCCCCCGCCCCGCCCCCGCCGCCUAUACGAUAUAUGGGCGCGGGGCACGACAUCGGGUGGUGACAUCACGCUUUCUUUUCUUAUAGGUGACCUGUCCUGUUGGCGCGCGCGGAGGAAUUCUUGUCACGCCCCGUGGUGUGGUGGUGGUGGCGGCGGCGGCGGCUGCUGCAACAGGCGCCACCUGCCCGAUCUUGGUUCUCUUGGAGGCCCUUCUGCGGAUUCGUGUCCAAUUUUUGCCACGGCUCCGCUCUGGCGGUGCUAAUUCUGACUGGUUCUGCAGGAGCAGAUGAGGAUGCAAGCAUGAGGAUUUCUUUGAGGCGGUACCAUUGCAGCCACCCAUGGAGCCCUCAGAUAAAACUUGUGCUGAUGUAGUUAAGCUUUUGACAUCAUGGCUGCCUCGCCGGUCCAAACCAGAAAAUGUCUCAAGGGACUUCUGGAUGCCUGACCACAGUUGUCGAGUCUGCUAUGACUGUGAUACACAGUUCACCAUAUUCAACCGCAGGCACCAUUGCCGUCGUUGUGGCCGCAUAUUCUGUGGUAGGUGCACAGCAAAUUCUGUCCCAGUUUCAAGUGGCCCUGAUAAAAGUGACGAUGAGGGGGACAGGAUUCGUGUCUGCAACUUUUGCUUCAAGCAAUGGGAGCAAGAGCAAAUCGCUGCUGUCAAGCAGCUGCUGCCAGUGCUCAGCCCUUGCUUGUCUGAGGCGAGUCUGUUCAGUACAAAGUCAACUAUCACCAUUAAGAGUGUUAGCACACUGGCUGGUUCUUACCCUGCUGGAAAUUAUAAACAUGUGGCUCGGGCUCCCACCAUUGGUCCUCCCCCUCCCAAAUUUUCUCAAGACAAACUUUCUCAUCGUAUGCAAGACAGCCAUUUGCCUGAGAAAAGUAUGUCGAUCAUUUCAAACAGAGAUGACUCUUCUUCGAUUCAAUUUGGCUAUUACACAAACAGGAGUGAUGAUGAAGAUGAAGAGUAUGCUGCUUACUGCUCUGACAGGCAGGUGCAACAUCAACAGCACAAUAACCAGUACUUCCGCUCAGAUGAUUUUGAUGAGUUAGAUGCUACAUACAAUACAACAAUAGCAAGGCCGGUUGAAGAAAAUGUAAUUCCAACGGAGUUAUCCUCUUGUGCACUUGACCACGGAUUCCCCAGCACAUUGACGGUCACCAAAGUGGAGGAUGAGCCAGAACUUGAUAAUAGCUCAGAGUGUGGGGCUGCGUCUUCCAUUUAUGCUCUGGAAACUGUGGAUACAAAUUCAGUGGAUUUUGAGAAGAAUGAUAAUUUUUGGAUCCCUCCUGAACCAGAAGAUAAAGAAGAUGAGCUAGAAACUGAUAUGUUUGAUGACGACGAUGACGACGAUGCUCCUUUAUCUGAUGGUGGAAGGUGUUAUCUUCAAUCAUCAAGUAGCUUCGGCAGUGGAGAAUUUCGAAGUAGAGAUCGCUCAUCUGAAGAACAUAAGAAAGUAAUGAAGAAUGUUGUUGAUGGGCAUUUCAGGGCUUUGAUUUCUCAGCUGUUGCAGGUGGAGAAUAUUGCAUUAGAGGAAGGUGAUGACAUGGGUUGGUUGGAGAUUGUUACGUUGGUAUCAUGGGAAGCUGCAAACUUCCUCAGACCAGACACAAGCGAAGAUGGUAGCAUGGACCCUGGUGGAUAUGUCAAGGUUAAGUGUUUAGCAAGUGGACACCGCAGUGAAAGCGCUGUUGUAAAAGGAGUAGUCUGUAAGAAGAAUGUCGCACAUAGGCGCAUGUCUUCCAGAAUAGAAAAACCUCGUCUCCUUCUACUUUCCGGAGCUCUUGAGUAUCAACGAGUUACAAAUCAGCUGUCGAGUAUUGACACGUUGCUCCAGCAGGAAACAGAUCACCUUAAAAUGGCAGUCGCGAAGAUUGUAGCUCAAAAACCUAACCUCAUUUUGGUUGAGAAUUCAGUUUCUCGCUAUGCUCAAGAUUUGCUUCUAGAAAAGAACAUAUCGCUGGUUUUAAAUAUUAAAGAAUCCCUCUUGCAGCGUAUUGCUCGUUGCACAGGUGCUCAGAUAGGUUCUUCUGCUGAUAUCACACCGUCGCAGAAACUUGGUUAUUGUGAGUUGUUUCAUGUAGACAAACACAUUGAACAUUCUGUGAUGCCGGAUAAUAAGACCAAGAAAAUGCUGAAGACCAUGAUGUUUUUUGAAGGAUGCGCAAAGCCAUUAGGAUGCACUGUUCUGCUGAAAGGCGGUAGCAUGGAUGAGCUGAAGAGAAUUAAGCAUGUGGUCCAGUAUGGCAUAUUUGCAGCAUAUCACUUGGCCUUAGAAACAUCUUUCCUUGCAGAUGAAGGUGCCACCCUGCCAGAACUUCCCCUAAGGUCUCCACUGACUGUAAACUUACCAGAUAAACGAUCUACUGCAGACAGCUCUAUUUCAACCGUGCCAGGUUUCACAAUUAAUACUUCCAACAGCCAACAGGCAACUGCUAGUUUUGAGCACCUUGACACAGACUCUGUUAUAUCAGCUGACCCAAGUGCAACAGCUGUGGUUGAACCACCAGUAGACAGUGAUUGCCUUACUUCUCAAAAGGCCAACCCUUGUUCUUUUGGACCUUUGUGCACCAAUGGUUGUAACUUUAACAGCAGGAAUGGUGAUAAACUAGAGGUCACUGCAACUGCAGAUUCUGUAUCCAUGUCUUCAAUAGCUACAUCUGAUGUACCCAUGGACCAUUCACAUAUAUAUUCUACUGUAGAGAAAAGGAGUGUGUACUCUGGUGAUUACCAUGAGGAUUAUUCAAGGAGUUCAGACCUUAAGUUGGUGAGAGCAGAUUCAAUCAACUCUAAUCAUCAUCAGAGCAUGUCUGUGGUCAGCUCAAAUACCACUAAUUAUUCUAAUCUCAAGGAGCCAUUAGAGGGUUCAAGUGCUUUGCCUAAUGUGAGAAUCAUCAACACUAACAAUUUGCUCCUAGUGCAACCAGUGUCUACUCCUGCGGUACAAAAUCAAGAAAAUAGUCAUGGACAUGACGUCACAUCAAAUAGGGAAGAUGUUGUGCCUUCUGACCAUCAGAGCAUCUUAGUCUCUUUGUCCAUACGUUGUGUAUGGAAAAGAUCUAUUUGUGAGCGAGCCCACCUGUUACGCAUCAAGUAUUAUGGUAAUGCUGACAAGCCCCUAGGAAGGUUUUUGCGUGAUCAGCUAUUUGAAAAGGAUCACAAGUGCCGAGCAUGUGAUACGCCACCUGAAGCUCAUGUCCAAUGCUACACUCAUCACCAGGGGAGUCUAACAAUAUCAAUUAGAAAACACGCAGAUAUUGUUUUGCCAGGAGAAAGGGAUGGGAAACUUUGGAUGUGGCACAGGUGCCUGAAGUGCCCACGGAGUGAUGGAUUUCCACCAGCGACUCCUAGGAUUGUCAUGUCUGAUGCUGCUUGGGGUUUGUCAUUGGGAAAAUUUUUGGAGCUUAGCUUUUCAAAUCAUGCAGCUGCAAGUAGGGUAGCCAGUUGUGGUCAUUCUCUCCACAGGGACUGUCUUCGAUUCUAUGGGUUGGGCAAAAUGGUGGCCUGCUUCCGAUAUGCACCUAUUAAUGUUCAUUCAGUCCAUGUACCACCUCAUAAGCUUUAUUUUACUCACCAGCCUUUGGAGUGGAUACAGAAAGAAGUAAACGAGGUUAUUGACCGGGCAAAGGUUCUCUUCGACGAAAUAUCACGUACUUUACACCUGAUUUCUGAGAAAAAGGCUCACAGCAGUUCUGUCGGUGUGGAAUUUACCAAUUAUAUUGCUGAACUUGAGGGCAUGUUUCGAAAGGAAAAGUUAGAAUUUGAGGGAUGUCUGAAUAAAGUUUUGAAAAAGGAAGUACCGAAAUGUCAACCAGACAUUCUUGAGAUUAAUAGGCUGAGGAGGCAGUUGCUCUUCCAUUCAUACCUGUGGGAUCAAAGGCUGAUAUUUGCUGCAAGAUCAGACAGAAAUCGCCAUGAACUAUCUAACAUCAGGCCAGGUGAUAAGGAGAUAAUCCAUUCUGCGGAUAGUGUUGCUGAUCCAAAUGCCACAGGACAGCUUCAUAGUCUUAAUAGUGGCACUGGGGCUGCUAAUAAAGAAGCUAAAUACGCUGAAAAUCUUCAGGUGAGCAUUUGUAGACAGAAUUGUAGUCGAGUUGAUGGAGGUAAUAGCUAUUGUAAUCUUGACCACCGAAUACUUACAAGUGAGUCGGAUUUUCUCGAAAGAAAUGUCCAAACACCUCUGUAUAGCAGUGUUAGCGUGAACGCAGAUUCAGUCCCUUUGGAGUCUGAUCUUGUUGCUCGACGCACCCUGUCAGAAGGGCAGUUUCCCAGUAUAUUAGAUGUGUCUAAUGCACUUGAUGCAAAAUGGACUGGUGAAAAUGACCCUGUUACUAGCAAGGUAGGAGUGCCAGAUUCCACGGCAUCGUCAGAGGACUCAGAAGAACACAUCAGUGACACUACACCUUCGUACGCCUCUGUGUUGCUUAACAAGCUAGGGGAUUGUGCAGAGGACCAUUCCAAUUGGAUAGGGAUGCCUUUCUUACAAUUAUACCGUUCUCUUAACAAGCAGUGGAGUCGCUCAAAAAGGUUUGAUGCGCUCAUUGAAUAUACACCUGUUUAUAUUUCUUUCUUAAGGCCGGUGGAGCGUCAGAUUGGGCCCAAAUUUCUCUUUCCUAUAGGCACCAAUGACACUGUUGUUGGAGUUUUUGAUGAUGAACCUACCAGCAUCAUCUCGCACGCACUUGCCUCUCAUGAAUACCAUCUUCAGCUGUCAGACGAGCUCGAAAAAGAAGCAACAGACACUUCGCUUCCACUCAGUGAUUCCAGAAGUGUCUCAUUAACUGAAUCAGUAGAUGAAACUACUUCUGAACUUCUAAGAAGUGUUGUGUCAGCAGAGGACAAUAUUCUCUCCAUGCCAGGAAGCAAGAACCCAUCUACUUCGGACCCCUUUGUGUAUGGCAAGGUAACUCACAUAAAGGUAAAUUUUGGAGAUGAAGGUCCUCUAGAACAAGUGAAGUACACUGUGAUUUGUUACUAUGCAAAACAGUUUGAUGCAUUGAGGAGAAUAUGCUGUCCAUCAGAGCGUGACUUUGUCAGGUCAUUAAGUCGCUGCAAGAAAUGGGGUGCUCAAGGAGGCAAGAGCAAUGUUUUCUUUGCAAAAUCACUGGAUGAUAGGUUCAUCAUUAAGCAGGUUACCAAAACAGAAUUGGAGUCUUUCAUGAAAUUUGCUCCGGAAUAUUUCAAAUAUCUGUCAGAGUCAAUUGUCACAGGCAGUCCUACUUGCAUUGCAAAAAUUCUUGGUAUUUAUCAGGUUAAGAGUCUGAAAGGUGGAAAGGAGGUGAAGAUGGAUGUUCUGGUCAUGGAAAAUCUCUUAUUUGAACGUCGUGUGACAAGAUUAUAUGAUUUGAAAGGCUCGACAAGAUCAAGAUAUAACCCUGAUUCGAAUGGUAGUGACAAAGUACUUCUUGAUGAGAACUUACUUGAAGUGAUGCCAACAUCCCCAAUUUUUGUCGGGAACAAGGCGAAGCGGCUUCUGGAGAGAGCUGUUUGGAAUGAUACUGCAUUCCUUGCUUCCAUCGACGUAAUGGAUUACUCUUUACUUGUUGGUGUUGAUGAGAAGAGGCAUGAACUUGUAAUGGGAAUCAUAGAUUUCAUGAGGCAAUAUACGUGGGACAAACAUCUAGAGACAUGGGUGAAAGCUUCAGGAAUAUUAGGCGGACCGAAGAAUGUAUCACCAACUGUAAUCUCACCAAAGCAGUACAAGAAGCGUUUCAGGAAAGCCAUGUCGGCCUACUUUCUUGUUGUCCCAGAUCAGUGGUCGCCGUCAGCAAUCAUCCCCAGCAAGCAAGCAUCUGAAAGCGGCCAAGAUAACGAUCAGUUGGUCUCCACGGGAUCGUCAAGCAUGCUGGAUCGUUAAAAUGCACGGAAUUACUGUGGAGUAAAUCCUUUUCUUUUGGUUACAUAAAUAGAUUUUGAUUCUUUGCAAUUUUGCUCAUUUUUUUUUGGUUUGCCCCCAUUUAUUGGGCACCUUCUUCAUUUUUUUUUUCUUUGGCAGACCAAGAUGUACAAAAUGUAGCUGAAGUUCUCGAGUGUUAUAGAUAGAAAAUUAACAAGUGUAUAUGAGCGCGUAAACACUUGAGUCUAGUGCAUUGGGAUAUCAUACCAUGCAGAAAAAAAUAGAAAUCAUUUUUGUUGCCGUUAGAAACAUUUUUGUCCUAAUGUUUGUUUCUAUGUUGGAGUUGUAUGUUAUUUCUAGAAAGACUUGUCUUGGUGUAGAAACAUGAUGUUGGGAGUGCAAUUUUGUGUGUGGUUUUCUGGGAAUUUGAUGUACAUCCACGGAAUUAGCGUGAUGAUGCAAAAGCGGUCUUGUUAGGGUUGUAAA